AUGGCGUAUUGUUGCAUUCCACUCUGUCGAUCGGACUCCAAGAAGAAGCCGCCCGGGGUGUCUUUCCACGAGAUUCCCGCGGAUAUUGACACAAGGAAGCAGUGGCUGAAGCGCAUCAAACGUGAUAACUGGGUGCGGAACGCGACGUCUAACUACAGUAAAGUGUGCAGCUGGCAUUUCACAAAUACAGAUUUUGUGGAAGGUAAGAGACGGAGGCUCAAAAAGGGAGCGCUACCUCCGGUGUUCCCGGACUAUCCAUCGCAUCUUCAGCCACGACAAAUUUCGAACCGCGGUAAUAGCUCUAUCAGGAAACGAAAGUUGGCCAAUGACACACGUGGCAUCAUCGAUUCAGCAAAAAGAAUUAAGUUUGCCCAGAAUGUUGCGUUGCCAGAGGAAGAAUUUAAAGUCGACCAGACUCUCAGCAUGGACACUGACACUGUACGGUUCGGCCUGAAGAAAGGCUGA